UGUUUUGGGCCCUAAGAGGACGGACGUUUGAAGACGUUUGAAAAGAGCUAGCCACGACUCCUUGGUGACCACCGUGACAGCUUGCAGGAUAAAUGGGUGCUAGUGCAGGCCGGUCCGCGCUGCACCUCGCCGCCCUCAACGGGGAGAGGGAGGAGGUUGAGCGCCUAGUGACUUCAGGAGCUGAGAUUGAAGCCACAGACAAUGAAGGCAGAACUCCGCUGCACUUGGCGGCGGAGAAGGGCCACUGCGAGGUGGUGGACCGACUGCUGACGGCGAAGGCCGCUGUUGACGCACAGGAUCGAGACCGCCUCACGCCUUUGCAUGUGGCAUCCGAAGCGGGCCACUUCCACGUGGUCGAACGGCUCACCGAAGCCAAGGCCGACUUGGAGGCGAUUGGUGGCGAGUUCAGCGGGACGCCGCUGCAUCUUGCGGCGGCAAAAGGCCACACCGCCUCGGUGGAUCGGCUCGUGGCGGCCGGCGCCGCCGUCGACGCGAAGGACAACAGAGGCGGGACGCCGCUGCAUCUUGCGGCGGCAAAAGGCCACACCGCCUCGGUGGAUCGGCUCGUGGCGGCCGGCGCCGCCGUCGACGCGAAGAACGUUGAGUGUCUUACGCCUCUCCACUAUGCGGCCGAACACGGCCACUCCGACGCGGCGCAGCGCCUGGUCGACGGUGGCGCCGACGUCGACGCCCCGGACGAAUACGGCCAAACGCCCUGGGAUUCUGCCAAAAUUCGUGGCCACGACACGCGGAUGGCGCCGGUUCUGCGUCCCGU